AAAUAAUUGAAGGGUAUUUGGUGUCGUUAUGUGGGCAGAAGUAUCCUCACCAAAACAACUUGGAAAAUGUGUUUUUUGUGUGGGUGUGGAUGGGUGUGUGGCCCUUAACUUUUCACCAUGGGUGACGACAGCAAGGACUUAACAGAGCUUCCUGGUUGAGAGAGAUCAACCUCUCCUUUAGUUACUCAGAUGACACUGUUGCAGCUUCGGGUCGGACAGACUAUUUUGAGGACCCUUGCCUGCUCCCUGAACACCCUCACUGAGCCAGGUGGUGAAAAUGAAAGAUGAGUAAUUUUGGUGAAUGGAUUUCCGGGAAAUACAGGAAAAUGGAAGAAGGUCCUCUCCCUCUGUUGACCUUUGCUACCGCACCCUACCAUGACCAAAAACCAGGAACUAGUGGAUUACAGAAGAAAACCUAUUGUUUUGAGGCGAAGCCAUGUUAUCUGGAGAAUUUCAUCCAGAGUCUGUUCUUUUCCAUAGACCUCAAAGAUCGCCAGGGAUCCUCACUGGUGGUUGGUGGAGAUGGGCGGUAUUUUAAUAAGUCGGCGAUAGAAACAAUAGUGCAGAUGGCGGCCGCCAAUGGGAUUGGUCGCUUGGUUAUCGGGCAGAAUGGAAUCCUUUCCACCCCUGCCGUAUCCUGCAUCAUUCGAAAGAUCAAAGCCAUUGGUGGGAUCAUUUUGACAGCCAGCCACAACCCAGGAGGACCCAAUGGAGAUUUUGGAAUCAAAUUUAAUAUUUCCAAUGGAGGUCCUGCUCCAGAAGCAAUAACGGAUAAAAUCUUCCAAAUCAGCAAGACAAUUGAAGAAUAUGCAAUUUGCCCUGACCUGAAAGUAGACCUUGGCGUUCUGGGAAAGCAGCAGUUUGACCUGGAAAACAAGUUCAAACCAUUCACAGUGGAAAUUGUGGAUUCCGUGGAAGCUUAUGCUACCAUGCUGAGGAACAUCUUUGAUUUCAAUGCACUGAAAGAACUGCUUUCUGGUCCAAACCGACUGAAGAUCCGUAUUGAUGCCAUGCAUGGAGUUGUGGGACCAUACGUGAAGAAGAUCCUCUGCGAAGAACUGGGUGCCCCCGCCAACUCAGCAGUUAACUGUGUCCCUCUGGAGGACUUCGGAGGUCACCACCCUGACCCCAACCUCACCUAUGCCGCUGACCUGGUAGAGACCAUGAAAACAGGAGAGCACGACUUCGGGGCUGCCUUUGAUGGAGAUGGGGAUCGAAACAUGAUUCUGGGCAAGCAUGGGUUCUUUGUGAACCCUUCGGACUCCGUGGCUGUCAUUGCUGCCAACAUCUUCAGCAUUCCGUAUUUCCAGCAAACCGGUGUCCGAGGCUUUGCCCGCAGCAUGCCCACCAGUGGGGCCCUGGACCGGGUGGCUAAUGCUACAAAGAUCGCUUUGUAUGAGACCCCAACGGGCUGGAAGUUUUUCGGGAAUUUGAUGGAUGCGAGCAAACUGUCCCUCUGUGGGGAGGAGAGCUUCGGGACUGGUUCUGAUCACAUCCGCGAGAAAGAUGGACUCUGGGCUGUCCUCGCUUGGCUCUCCAUUCUAGCCACCCGCAAACAGAGUGUAGAGGACAUUCUCAAAGAUCACUGGCAGAAGUAUGGCCGGAAUUUCUUCACUAGGUACGAUUAUGAGGAGGUGGAGGCUGAGGGUGCCAACAAAAUGAUGAAGGACUUGGAGGCCCUGAUAUCUGACCGCUCCUUCAUGGGGAAGCAGUUCUCAGUAGGUGACAAAGUUUACACUGUGGAGAAAAUUGAUAACUUUGAAUACAGUGAUCCAGUGGAUGGAAGCGUUUCAAGGAAUCAGGGCCUGCGGCUCAUUUUUGCAGACGGUUCCCGCAUCAUCUUUCGGCUGAGUGGCACGGGGAGCGCGGGGGCCACGAUUCGGCUGUACAUCGACAGCUACGAGAAAGAUAUCGCCAAGAUCUACCAGGACCCUCAGGUCAUGUUGGCCCCCCUUAUUUCCAUCGCUCUGAAGGUGUCCCAACUCCAGGAGAGGACGGGACGCACUGCGCCCACCGUUAUCACCUAAGAAGACAGGCCAGUUGCGGUACGUCCCUCUGCCUCAGGACCCUCCAAGUCAUCUGAUUGAAGAGCAUGGACAAACAAAAUGUAUCCACCCAGGCUUCUUAAGAUUUGGUUUUUCCACUAACCAGUUGUUGAUGACUGGCCCAUUAGUGUGACAGUGCCAGCUGAGAUGCCGUGUGGGCAAGGGACCUAGGGGCUUUUGCUAACGUCCCUCCGUGUUGUGCCCUUAAGCCCUGCUGCUGUGCAGGUGUUUGUCUCCCGAGCACCUGCUUCUGUUCACUACAAUGUGGGAUGGAGGCUGAGCGGGAGCCAGUGAGGCCAUUUCUCACGCUUAGGUUGUCCCAGUGAAAUGACAGUGCAAGCUCAUUUUUCUUUGGUGAAUUCCUCCCCAUUCACUGUUUACAUGUGUUCCAGUAAAAUCCAAUUUCUGGUGCCUUCUCUCCAAUCAGUUCUUUCCUCAGAGUGAGACGUACUUGUCUACAGAUGUCUGCCUUGUUUUUGCAACAUAGUCCCACACAAAUAUUGUGGAAUAUUAAAGCAAAAUAACCCACUA